AACAGGGUGGGCUGAAUCCAGAUGUAGUUAGGUAUUAGCUGUAUGGCCUUGGGCCGGGAAAGGACUUAAAAUGCCAUUUUUCUCAUCUGUGUAAUGGAAAUAGUGAUAGGACUUGCUUCCUGGGUUGUGGGACUCUAACAGGAGUUAAUGCAUUUAAAGGGCUUACACACGGUAAGAGCUCACCAAGUAUUAACUGUUCUUGCUGGUUUGGGUUAUUAUUGUUGUGUUUGAGUUAUUGAUAUAAGAUUUUUUUAAAUUGAAUUUAUUGGGGGGUGAUAUUGGUUUACAAAACCAUACAGGUUUCAAGUGCCCAGCUCAAUAAAACAUCGUCUGCACACUGCAUCACCUCAAGCAAAGUGUUCGUCCCCAUUUCCUCCCCUUUGCCUACCUCCAUGUUCUUGCUUCUAGUGGGAUGUGGCAGAGCAGUUACUGAACUGUAUGAUUCUGGCUCCCCAUUUCAGCACACUGCAUCUCACUCCAAUUCACUUCUAAUUUUUUCCAGUGUCUAAUGCAAGGCACUGCCAGAUGCUGAGAACAAUACACACACGCAAAAGACUUGAUUCUCACCCUUAAGGAACGUAUGCAGUCUGGUAGGUGAGAAAGUGCAAACUAUUGUAACGCAAGGUGGGCUUCAGCCCCCCAGACAUUGUCACAGGAAAGUUAUAUUUAAAAAGUUUGCUGGAUUUUUAGACAGGCACGACAUCUAAUUAGAAAUUUCUACAUAGACUAGGGGCUUUGGAGGUGGGUCUGGAAGGCUAAGUGGAUAGAAUCAAAGGGAAAUGUAGGUCAGCGACCUGAAUUAAAGAACUGGGACCCCCAUGGCAGCUUCAGAAGCUGGGGUGUGGUGGGGUAGAUCAUGAGGAACAGUUGAUGGGAAACUGCGUGGAGUAGAUCUCAAUCCUGGCUGCACAUAAGAUCACUGAUAUCUGAUUUAACUGCUCAGGUGGCUCUAAUGUGCAGACAUUAUGGAGCAAACUAACCUAAAACCAGAAACUAUAAAUUCAUCUCUCACCCCAUUUGUAAGUAUUUAAAUAGGAAGAAACAGCUUAAUUAUGUUAAGCUUAAUUACUACAUCUGGUAAAAUUGUUUAAAAUUAAAUAAUGUCAUUUGAAAGGACUUAAUACAGUACAUAGUAGGUGCUCAAUAAAUGUAAAUUGAUUCUGAAUUUCAUUUAUAGCUUAUUUGAGAGUCAUACAUCUGAGAAUCUGUUUUUAAAAUUAUGGUUUCAUAUCAUACUUUUGCAUAUAAUUUUGGGGUGUUCAUAGGAUUCUCCAUAACUUAUCUAUGGGCCCUUCACCCUCACUCCCAGCUCAGAAGCCUGGCUCUAAAGCAUUUAUUUUUUAUUUGUUUAUUUUAUUUUAUUUUUUAAUAUAUUUUUAUUGAUUUCAGAGAGGAAGGGAGAGGGAGAGAGAGAUAGAAACAUCAAUGAUGAGAAUCAUUGACCGGCUGCCUCCUGCAUGCCCCCAACUGGGGAUGGAGGCCACAACCUGGGCAUGUGCCCCUGACUGGAAUUGACCCUGGGACCCUUCAGUCCCCAGUCUGACGCUCUAUCCACUGAGCCAAACCAGCUAGGGCUCUAAAGUAUUUAGCAUGAACUUAGCCUUUCCUCGCUACCCUGAGGGGGCCCAUACAGCGUUGCUCUUGGUUCCCACGCAAUUUAAAGGGAAACUUUCACAAUAUCCAAAGCCCUUGGUUUCCUGCAAAUAAAGGAGGAGGAUGUCCUCAAACUCUUUGCAGCAGGAACCCACUGAGGUGGCACCAAUCUUGACUUCCAAAUGGAACAGUACAUCUACUAAAGGCAAAGUGAUGACAUUUGCAUCAUAAAUCUGAAGAGAACCUGGGAGAAGCUUUUGCUGGCAGCUGGUGCCAUUGUCACCAUUGAAAACCCCGCUGAUGUCAGUGUCAUAUCAUCCAAGAACACUGGCCAGUGAGCUCUGCUGAAGUUUGCUGCUGCCAUUGGACCCACUCCUAUUUCUGGGCACUUCACUCCUGGAACCUUCGCUAACGACAUCCAAGCAGCCUUUGGAGCCAAGACUUCUGAUCCCAGGGCUGACCACCAGCCUCGCACAGAGGCGUCUUCUGUUAACCUGCCCACCAGUGCUCUGUGUAACAUAGACUCUCCUCUGUACUAUGUGGACAUUUCCAUCCCUUGUAACAACAAGUGGGCUAACUCAGUGGGUCUCGUGGUGGAUGCUGGCCCGGGAAGUUCUUCGCAUGCAUGGCAACACCUCCCGUGAACACACAUGGGAGGUCAUGCCUGAUUUUUACUUCUACAGAGAUCCUGAAGAGAUUGAAAAGAAAGAGCAGGCUGUGACCCACGAGACAUUUCAGAGUGAAUGGCUGUUCCAGCUCCCGAAUUCACUGCUGCUCAACCUGAGGUCGCAGACUGGUCUGAAGGCGUGUAGGUGCCCUCUGCCUAUUCAGCAGUUUCCUACUGAAGACAAGUGCUCAGCUUGCCACUGAAGGCUGGUCCGCAGCCACCACUGCUCAGGCCACUGAAUGGUUAGGAACAACUACUGAAUGGUCUUAAGCUGUUCUUCCACAAACUCUUAACAGAAUGGAAAUAAGGUUGACAGAAAAUAAACAGUUUCUAAAACAAAAGUUUGCCUGUGUGCAUGUGUCUCCUCAGAAAAUUAAAUGUCGGCAGAAGAUCGAGAAGCUCAGGAGGAUGAAUUGCUGGCCCUGGCGAGUAUUUAUGAUGGAGAUGAAUUUAGAAAAGCAGAGUCUGUCCAAGGUGGAGAAACGAGGAUCUAUUUGGACUUGCCACAAAAUUUCAAGAUAUUUGUGAGCGGCAAUUCAAAUGAGUGUCUCCAGAAUAGUGGCUUUGAAUACACCAUUUGCUUUCUGCCUCCACUUGUGCUGAACUUUGAACUGCCACCAGAUUAUCCAUCCUCCUCCCCACCUUCAUUCACACUUAGUGGCAAAUGGCUGUCACCAACUCAGCUGUCUGCUCUCUGCAAGCACUUAGACAACUUGUGGGAAGAACAUCGUGGCAAUGUGGUCCUGUUUGCCUGGAUGCAGUUUCUUAAGGAAGAGACCCUAGGGUACCUGAAUAUUGUCUCUCCUUUCGAGCUCAAGAUUGGUUCUCAGAAAAAAUUGCAGAGAAGGACGGCUCAGGCCUCUGGCAACACAGAGCUAGAUUGUAGAGGAGCAGCUGGAUCUGCUGUAGACCAAGAGGAAGUUGUGGAUGAGAGAGCCGUGCAGGAUGUGGAAUCAUUGUCCAAUCUGAUCCAGGAAAUCUUGGACUUUGAUCAAGCUCAGCAGAUAAAAUGCUUUAAUAGUAAAUUGUUCCUGUGCAAUAUCUGUUUCUGUGAGAAGCUGGGUAGUGAAUGCAUGCACUUCUUGGAGUGCAGGCAUGUGUACUGCAAAGCUUGUCUGAAGGACUACUUUGAAAUCCAGAUCAAAGAUGGCCAAGUUCAAUGCCUCAACUGCCCAGAACCCAAGUGCCCUUCAGUGGCUACUCCUGGUCAGGUCAAAGAGCUAGUAGAAGCAGAGUUAUUUGCCCGUUAUGAUCGGCUUCUUCUCCAGUCUACCUUGGACCUGAUGGCAGAUGUGGUGUACUGCCCCCGUCCAUGCUGCCAAUUGCCUGUGAUGCAGGAGCCUGGCUGUACCAUGGGCAUCUGCUCCAGCUGCAAUUUUGCCUUCUGUACCUUAUGCAGAUUGACCUACCAUGGCGUCUCUCCAUGUAAGCUCACUGCAGAGAAAUUAAUAGACUUACAAAAUGAGUACCUGCAAGCAGAUGAGGACAAUAAAAGAUUUCUGGAACAGAGGUAUGGUAAGAGGGUGAUUCAGAAGGCACUGGAAGAAAUGGAAAGUAAAGAGUGGCUAGAAAAGAACUCAAAGAACUGCCCAAAUUGUGGGACUCCCAUAGAGAAAUUAGAUGGAUGUAACAAGAUGACAUGUACUGGUUGUAUGCAGUAUUUCUGUUGGAUUUGCAUGGGUUCUCUCUCUAGAGCAAACCCCUAUAAACAUUUCACUGAUCCUGCUUCCCUGUGUUUUAACCGGUUGUUCUAUGCUGUGGAUGUUGAUGAAGAUAUCUGGGAAGAUGAGAUUGAAGAAGACUAGUUCAUUCCUACUGCUCCAGAUGUGGAAGUGAAAUGGUUUGCCCUAAUCUUUUGCUGAGUAUACAAAGUAACUUUGCAGGAUAUUUCGGGUUACCAUUCAUUCACUCUUCCAAUGUAGAAUAUGAGGAGAACGAGGUUUACAUUUUCAUGUGGCACUACUGACUAAGGCACAUUCAUACAUUUUUCAGUGUAACAUAAUGGAGAAAAUUACAAGCCAAAGGUUCAUAAAAUGAAAACUAAGGCAUAUUAAAUAUUACCGUAUUCCCAAAACUCUGAAUAGUUAAAAAUUUAAAUAUUUAUUUUCUUCCCCAAGCUUUAAGUAAGGAGAAGGGGUCAAGAGUUCAACUUAUAGACCCUUUUAUCUCUGAGAAGCAUCCCUUUAAACUUCUGUGGGAGUCUCCUUACGGCUGGGUGGUUAGAAGCCUUAUUAAAAUUGUACCAAGAGCCUGAUCUUACUCCAUGUUACAUUCCUUCCAACCUAAAUUUUUGCUAAGUUCUUUUUGGAGGGAGCCCUUUAUAGCUGAUUGGAUGGCCCAGUGCCAUUUUGGUCUACUGCUUUUCAGAAUAGAAAUUUAUAAUUUAAAAAAUAUUAUAUAAUACCACAAAUAAUGUGGGUCACCUGAUACUGCUUUACAGAAUAGAAAUUUAUGAUUUAAAAAAUAUUCUAUAAUACCACAAAUAAUGUGGGUCACCUGAUACUGCUUUUAAGAAUAGAAAUUUAUAAUUUAAAAAAUAUUCUUUAAUACCACAAACAAUGUAGGUCACAGAUAUACCAGGUGAUGUAUAGUUCACUGAUUUUGAGUCAAGUCUAUUAUUUAAUGACACUGGCUCAGAAGAAUUUCAGUGCUGUUCAGCUUUCCUGAGCAGUAGAGCCUAAAUUCAAAACAACUUGUCUUUGCCACCUUUCAUUCUACAUUCUCUCUUUUACCCUCACCCAGCCUUCUGUUGGUAAGGACAAUUUUAAUAUCAACUCCAUCAGCUCAUAUUUUUAUUUCUAUUGCUGGAAUAAGAGAAAGCCUAAUAUAUUCAUUCCCAAGCUGAACAAGCUGAGCUUCCAAUUAUGUGCUUUUUGAACUCCACACUACUGUAGUUCAGUCCUAACUUUCUAAAUUCUUUUUAUAGGUCUUCUCUAAUGUGCUUUGGGAUUUUGGUUUCCCACCUAUUUUUUGCAACAGCACUGUUUUGGAGGAUAAUUUUGGCUUGCCUAGAUCCCUAUUUCAGGGUUUUGUUGGCUUUUUGAAAAAUUGUCUUUCCUUUUGGUUUGGUGAGUGGUUUGGUAGCAAAAUAAGAUUUUUUUGAAAAAGGGCAGAAUUCAACUGCAGCUAUGAAAAUGUUCUUUUUUCCUACCUUGUCACCGAAAAUUGGGGAAUCAUUUUUAACCAUUUUAUGUGUGUGUAUCCAAAGAGUCAGCAGAGACUAUUUCUGGAUUGUCAAUGAGGAUGCUUAAUCUUAAAAAUAAAAAUAAUUUAAAAUUGUCUUAUAAUUAUAGCAGAGUUGCUGAUAAGUGUUCUGUUGCCAAAGUUUGUAAAGUUUUAUUUUUGAGGCAUGAGUUAUGAGCUAUCUUUAAGAUGGUGAAGUUUUGGGUAGAGUACUUUUGUCUCUGAGUAUAAUGAAAAUUGGGGUAACCCCCUGAGUGCCCUAGAAAUAAUUACCUUGUUAAAGAUUGGUAUAUCAAGAAAGUACAUGAACAGAGGAGUAUUGUACAUAAUUUAAUUUCAUGAAGGCCAUUUUUACAAGUGGACAGAGAUUUACCAUAAAUUGACAUGAACCUCAUGAGUCCUUUUGGUGAGAGUGAGAGAGCAGAGGGUCCCUUUGCAGACUGUCAGUUCAUCCUGCCCAAAACUAGUUUGAAGAAGCCACAUCUCUUGAUUUUAUGUAAAAGGUUUGGAUGUAGAACUGAUAAAUGAAAAUAAGUUACUGAAUGACUUUUUAAGUCAAAAUAGAGGUUUUGUGACAUUUUAAGCUUGUGCUUGAACAAAUUUAAGAGCCUGCCUUUGUCAGUUGAGAUGCAUCUUGUCCCACUUAUUUUUUUAAGUAAUGUUUUUAACUUAAAAUAAAUAUACUUUAAAUACACAUCCCUUCCUGUUAAGAAUGAUAGAGAAAAGACUUGGUGGCCACAUUCCCAGACCUAUAGCAUUAACAGCAAGGUCAUUUUUUAGUUAUAGCGGGUUCUAGUUUACAUUAGACAUUAAUAUACUUACAUUUUUUUUGUUGUUAAGAGAAUUAAUCAGAUAUGGUAAUCAUAAAGCCAUUCAUGUGGCUGCCUGCUUUGGAAGGGAAUUAAAAAAUUUUGGCAAUCCCACGAAGUAGUAAUUUUGCCAUAAGCAUCACCAGCAGGUGGCAGCAGUUGCCAUGUUAUAAAAAUUGAGUAAAUGGUUAAGACUAGUAGCAUUUUAUGUCUGGUAUUUUAAUUUUCCUUAUUGUGUUUCAUUAUAGUCUGUUAUACACAUUGAUGAGUAGAAUGACAUCCUAGAUAAUAAAACCCUAAUAUGCAAA